AUGGCCGAAGAAGAUUUUGAGAUCGAUUUUUACGGCGACGCCAACAACGACCAUCAGCACCACGACGGACCACGGCACGAUGACCAUGACGGAAAUGACGACCAUGAUAGGCAUGACUACCACCGAGAUGACCACCGCCGAGAUAGCCACCAUCGAGAUGAUCACCACCGAGAUGACCACCGCCGAGAUGACCGGCGACAAGAUAACCACAAUGACCAACACAUGGACGAGCGACACUCUCAUGACAGCCAUGGUGGGUAUGACGGACAAGAUGACAGAUCCUCCUCUCACCAAGGAAUCAAGAGAAAAUCGGAGGAGGACGACAGACCAGUCGAUUCCAACGCCACAACGGCCCUUAUGAUUUCCGAACUCAACUGGUGGACAACUGACGACGACAUCCGGGGGUGGACGAGUCAAGCCGAUUGCGAGGACGAGUUGAAAGACAUUACCUUUAGUGAACACAAGGUCAACGGCAAGAGUAAAGGACAAGCGUAUCUCGAGUUCAGUUCCCCCCAAGCAGCAACCGCAACCAAGCAUUGCCUCGACCAGAUCCUCGCCGAGAACCAACCUGGCAUGAAGAAAGUAACCAUGUCAUACUGGAACCCGGCGAUCAACCCCUUCAAGACUCUUCCAAAGGAUGCGCCAACACGAGGUAAAGACCAGAACCGCACGCCAGGCGGCCCAUACAAUGACCGUGGAAACAUGGGUGGAAACAUGGGCGGCAACUUUGGUGGCGGCGGCUUCCGAGGACGCGGCGGGUACAACAACCGCGGCAACAUGAACCAGGGCAACUUCAACCGCAACUUCAACAACAAUAAUAACAACAUGGGAUUUAAUAAUAACAUGGGUGGCGGCUUCAACGGCAACAUGGGCGGUGGUGGCGGUAACUUUGGCUUCAACAACCGUGGUGGUAUGAUGGGCGGCGGUAUGCGCGGCGGUCCUGGUGGCAUGCGAGGCGGCCGUGGAGGUGGCAUGAUGGGUAUGAACCCUAUGGGCGGGAUGCCAAUGGGGAUGCCCGGAAACAUGAACAUGGGAAUGAUGGGUCCUAACGGGAUGGGUCCUAAUGGGAUGGGUCCUAAUGGGAUGGGUCCCAACGGGAUGGGUCCUAAUGGAAUGGGUCCCAAUGGAAUGGGUGGCGGCGGUGGAGGCGGCGGCGACUGGGGCAAUCCCCACGGCGCCAAACGACCACGACCAGAGUAG